AUGGCGCCCCUCCAGUGGGAUGGACUUAAGGAGCACACCGCUGAUUUCAGGCGAUGGUGGACCAUGUUAAUGGAAGUGCAGACGCGAAAGGAGGGGAGAGAGCACAUAAACUUAACAGUGGACAUCCUUUGGCAAAUCUGGAAAGCCAGGAAUGCAGCUGAAUUUGACGGCAAGGAUACACAUCCAAUGGAAGUCAUUAGGAAAGCAAUUAAGGACUGGGAGGAGUAUCACCAAUCACAACAAAUACAACAUCAGCUGAGCAUAUCCGAAACAGAAACAGUACAAGAUGAGGAGGAACGGAUGGGGGAGGAUGAUUACUUGCUGAACAUUAGCGUGGAAGUGGGUCAACAUGUGGAAGGCCAAAAUAUGGGAAUUGGAGUUGCAGCACAAAACAAUUGGAACCAAAAAUGCGAAGCUUGGAUACUGAAUGAGAGAAGCACUGGAUCAGCAGUGCAGGACAAUCUUUUAGCCAUCAAACUGGCACUUUAUAAGCUAAAGGUGAAAGGAUGGCAGCAUAUCAAGAUCCGAACACCAUGCAUUCAAGUUCUAAAUAUCAUACGGUAUCAAACUUUUAGUAACUUAAAGCUAGCAACUCACCUGGAGGAUAUAAAAGAUCUUUGCUCAAUGUUUAGGAAAUGCUCAUUUGAUAGAUUACCUGGUGAUAGGGAUAGACUCAGUGCUAAACUGAGUAGAUUAGCCAUACUUCUUCUUUGA